GGGGAGAGCAGGAACAUGGCGCUCGGAGCGAGGUAGCCGCCGCGGAGAAGCCGAGGAGUCGCCACUGACAGCCGGCCACCAGAUAGACACUGUGGUGAGAUGUUUCUUCCUGUUGCCAAAAUGAAUGCUGAGGAACAAUGAAAAGUGAAGAACUCCAAUGAAAAGUUGCACACCAGAAAUAGCCAAACUCUUCUGAAGACGUCAACUCAUCCACAGCCACUGUAAAAAAAAAAAAACAAAAAAUUUUACAUCAUGUUUGGGAAGAAAAAGAAAAAGAUUGAAAUAUCUGGCCCAUCCAACUUUGAACACAGGGUUCACACUGGGUUUGACCCACAAGAGCAGAAGUUUACUGGCCUUCCCCAGCAAUGGCACAGCCUGUUAGCAGACACUGCCAACAGGCCCAAGCCCAUGGUGGACCCUUCCUGCAUUACACCCAUUCAGCUGGCACCCAUGAAGACAAUCGUUAGAGGCAAUAAACCCUGCAAGGAAACAUCCAUCAAUGGCCUGCUAGAGGAUUUCGACAACAUCUCUGUGACUCGCUCCAACUCCCUACGGAAAGAAAGCCCACCCACCCCAGAUCAAGGGGCUCCCAGCCGCAGUCAAGGCCAUACAGAAGAAAAUGGCUUCAUCACCUUCUCACAGUAUUCCAGUGAAUCUGACACCACUGCUGACUACACAACUGAGAAGUACAGAGAAAAGAGUUUCUAUGGAGAUGACUUGGAUCUGUACUACAGAAGCAGCCACUCAGGCAAGCAAAAUGGACAUGUCAUGAAGAUGAAACGUGGGGAAGCCUACUACCCUGAGAUGAAGCCUUUGAAAGCUGACCUAGCCAGAUUCCCAGUCGAUUAUCAUGCACACUUAGACUCACUGAGUAAAACAAGUGAAUACGGUGACCUCAAGUGGGGUUAUCAGCGAGCCUCCAGUAGCUCACCUUUGGAUUACUCAUUCCAACUAACGCCUUCUAGAACAGCAGGGACCAGCAGGUGCUCCAAGGAGAGUCUGGCAUACAGUGAAAGUGACUGGGGACCCAGCCUGGAUGACUUUGACAGGAGGCCAAAGUCAUCAUACCUGCAUCAGACAAGCCCUCAGCCGGCCAUGCGGCAGAGGUCCAAGUCAGGCUCAGGGCUGCAGGAACCCACGAUGCCAUUCGGAGCAAGUGCAUUUAAAACCCAUCCUCAAGGACACUCAUACAACUCCUACACCUACCCUCGCUUGUCCGAGCCCACAAUGUGCAUUCCAAAGGUGGAUUACGAUCGGGCACAGAUGGUCUUCAGCCCUCCACUGUCAGGGUCUGACACCUACCCCAGGGGUCCUGCCAAACUACCUCAAAGUCAAAGCAAAGCGGGCUAUUCCUCAAGCAGCCACCAGUACCCUUCUGGGUACCACAAAGCCACCCUCUACCACCACCCUUCCUUGCAAGCCAGUUCACAGUACAUCUCCAGUGCUUCUUAUAUGAGCUCUCUCAGCAUCUCAUCCAGCACCUACCCCCCACCCAGCUGGGGCUCUUCCUCAGACCAGCAGCCAUCCCGGGUGUCCCAUGAACAGUUCCGAGCUGCUCUGCAACUGGUAGUCAGCCCAGGUGACCCCAGGGAGUACUUGGAUAACUUUAUCAAAAUUGGAGAAGGGUCAACAGGCAUUGUGUGCAUUGCAACAGAGAAGCACACAGGGAAGCAGGUGGCAGUGAAGAAAAUGGACCUCCGAAAGCAGCAGAGACGGGAGCUACUGUUUAAUGAGGUUGUGAUAAUGCGGGAUUACCACCAUGACAAUGUAGUUGAUAUGUAUAACAGCUACCUUGUUGGCGAUGAGCUCUGGGUGGUCAUGGAGUUUCUAGAAGGUGGUGCCUUGACAGACAUUGUUACUCAUACCAGAAUGAAUGAAGAACAGAUAGCCACCGUCUGUCUGUCAGUUCUGAGAGCCCUCUCCUACCUUCACAACCAAGGAGUGAUUCACAGGGACAUAAAGAGUGAUUCCAUCCUCCUGACAAGUGAUGGCCGGAUAAAGUUAUCUGACUUUGGUUUCUGUGCUCAAGUUUCCAAAGAGGUGCCAAAGCGGAAAUCGCUGGUGGGAACCCCCUACUGGAUGGCUCCUGAGGUGAUUUCCAGGCUACCUUAUGGGACAGAGGUGGACAUUUGGUCCCUUGGGAUCAUGGUGAUAGAGAUGAUUGAUGGCGAGCCCCCCUACUUCAAUGAGCCUCCACUCCAGGCCAUGCGGAGGAUCCGGGACAGUUUACCUCCAAGAGUAAAGGACCUACACAAGGUUUCUUCAAUGCUUCGAGGUUUCCUAGAUCUGAUGCUGGUGAGGGAGCCCUCUCAAAGAGCUACAGCCCAGGAACUCCUUGGACAUCCAUUCUUAAAAUUGGCAGGUCCACCAUCUUGCAUCGUUCCCCUCAUGAGACAAUACAGGCAUCACUGAGCAGAGAUUCAUACAGGAGACAACACUAGGCAAGGACAUGAGACUAAUUCAGGAGAACAUGAGGAAACCACAGAACAUGCCAAAGGCCUGUGCAUUCUAGACCAGCUGACUGGUGGGACAGUGCAACAACCGGCAGGGUUCAAGAGACCAGGGCAUCUUCUUGUGUCUUAAAUAGGCAUCUCUCCACUGACAGCUGACAUGGUCAUUUGGAGCAUGGCUUUAACAAGUCACUACUAUAUAUUUUCAGCCCUUCAUCCAGCAAAUAAGAAGGACUCAGUACAAACUCCGUUAUGAUAUCUCCUAGCCACAUGCAGGGUACCGCAUAGGAUUUUCUAUAUUGAAAGAAUACUUUUCUGGCAAAAAAAAAAGAAAGAAAGGAAAACAAAAAGCACUUUUUUUCUUAAUGGUAGCAGUGUAAUGUAUUUUGCAAUGAAUUUGUAAUUUUUAUGUACGAUAGUUUUGAUAAUUUAUAGUAUUUGACGUCAUGUAGCCAUUGUAUCAGUGGAAGUAAUACUUGUUUACUAGCAGGAGUUUGAACAAAGCCUUUCCUACUUUUUUAAUCCCUUUCAGAGAACCAACAAUUCUUUAGGAACUUUGAAUACUGAAUGACUCUCAAUCACCAUCAGCUUUAGUAGAAUAUCUUUCUUAUCUUAACAAGUGUCUUAUGUGAUGGAAGAAGAGUUAAGAGUGAUGGUGAUGGUGUGUACAUUUCACAUAUCCAACCAAAAACAUAAUGAAAUAAAAUUUGAGCCACAGUAGACCAUCAAACUAUUCCUUAGGAUAAUGCUGAAUGUUUUGAAAAAAAAAUCUUUUUUCUUGUACCAAAUCAUAUUGGUAUACCAAGAUAUUUCCCUUUGGUGCCCACCUUCAAAUAAGUAUAAUGUUCCCCCUGUGGCCAAAUUUCCCUCCCAAGGAGCAAUUUCAGUGCUAGGACCAUUGGACUCUGUUCCCCAAGUUGAAUGUUCUGGUGAAACCAUGGGAAUUCCUGUCUCACAAAGGGAAAUGAGAGUUAAACAAGGCAAGAUGUUUGGUUUUGUUCCUCACCAUUUAAAAAACUCUGUAUGCUAGCACACCAAACUCUUGUCUGUUUUGACCUUUACACCACAGUAUUGAUCACUGUUGUUCAUGUAUCAUGAUAGAAGUCUGAACUGAUGCUAGCAGGUGGAUUAGUAAGGGGUACUUUACCAGGUAAGAGCUGGCUUCACCAGUGACCAUGUUAUAAUGUAUUUCCAACAUAGGCGAGUUGUGCUGCUGUCUAGAUCUUCUUGAAUGUUGAUAAAAAUGAAUGACUACUACAAUACAUUUUGUGUUGCUUGUUGGAUGAAUUUGCAUGUUAUGUGUAGGCCAAUGUAGAUUUGCCUUUAAAACUCCAGAAGAGCUACAUAGUCAUCGUUAGUUUCUGUUAUUAUGCAUCAAACAAAAGCCAUUUGUUACCGAACUGGAAAACCAGAGGCUUUUCUUAAUGACUUUACUGUAACAAACAUGAAAUUGCAUUUGUGAAAAUUCUCUGGUUACUCUAAGCAUAAUUAAGAAUUUUUGUAAUUAAUAGGUUGAUAAUUAUUUAUUAUAGUUUAAAGGGGAAAAGGGGCAUAAAAUGACCUUCUCUGGUUAUAUUUUCAGUUUUUCCCCAAACUGGAAAUGCAUCACCAGAAAGAGGAUCUAUAAUUUUAUUUCAUAAAACACAGAAAAAUCAAAGUUGUAUGUAAAAUAUCAAGGUUUUAAUAUAAGUAUGUAAGAAAAAAGCAAUCUGACUUCAGAAAAUUACAGUCCUAAAAAUUCAUGAAAUGGGUUUUUAUAGUUUCACCAGGACUAUGUAGAAGUAGAAAGAAAAGCAAAAGAAAAUUCUUUUAUAACAAGAAUAAUCAUUAAGAACCAUUUCAGGAAAAAUAGUGGAUUUUGGAUGCAAACAUUUUUGACAGUGUAAUUGAAACUUUUUCUGUAAUUUUCUUAUCGUUGGGUAUUUUGAAGUAUUUGUUGAGUUUACCAAAAGUUACUGUAGCCUAAAAGGAUCAGUGAGCACUAACCAUUGGCAGAAACUGCACUUGCAAAUAAAAAUAAAUGUUUGCCUUUUUCCCUAUGA